ACUAUCCAGACCUCCUCCCAAUUUCCCCAAAACUCACUCCAAUCAAAACCUAAACACCUCAAUCCAAUCCUCACCGUCCGCCAAUGGAUCCAGUUCUUCCAAUCGCGGCGCUCUCCGUCCUCAUCGGCGCCGUCAUUGCCCUCGUCUUCUUCAGCACCUACUUCCGCAAACGGAGCUCCGAAGUCCAGUCCAUUUCCAAACCGGAGCUCCAGGCCGAUCAGAAGAAGCAACCUCCCAAGCCCUCGCAGCAUAAGAAGUCUCACGCCUCCGACAAGGAUCACAACAAGAAGCACCAUCCUUUGGAUGUGAAUACAUUGAAAGGUCAUGGAGAUUCCGUUGAUGGACUGUGUUUUUCUCCUGAUGGACGGAGUUUGGCCACAGCUUGUGCGGAUGGAAUUAUCAGGGUAUUCAAGUUGGACGAUGCUUCGAGUAAAAGUUUCAAAUUUCUGAAAAUAAAUACGCCUGUCGGUGGCCCUCCUGUAGCAGUUUCAUUUUCUGAUGAUGCAUCGUCCUUAGUUGUUGCUUCUCAAAAUCUGACUGGUGCUUCUUUGUACAUGUAUGGUGGGGUGGAAAAACCGAAAGUUUCUAAUGAAUCCGAUCCACCAUCCAAGGUUCCUCUCCCAGAAAUCAAGUGGGAGCAGCACAAGAUUCAUGAGAAAUUAGGUAUUCUCACCUUAUCUGGGACCAAAGCAAGUUAUGGCACUGCUGAUGGGAGUGCAAUUAUUGCUUCUUGUUCUGAAGGUACUGACAUCAUAAUUUGGCAUGGUAAAACUGGCAAGAACUUGGGGCAUGUUGACACAAAUCAGUUGAAAAAUAACAUGGCUGCUUUAUCACCAAAUGGACGUUUCAUUGCUGCGGCAGCUUUUACUGCUGAUGUGAAGGUGUGGGAGAUCGUAUAUUCAAAGGAUGGAUCAGUCAAGGAGGUUUCAAAAGCCAUGCAACUUAAAGGACAUAAGAGUGCAGUAACAUGGCUAUGCUUUACUCCGGACUCGGAACAAAUUAUCACAGCAUCGAAAGAUGGUUCAAUUAGAGUUUGGAAUAUCAAUGUUCGAUAUCAUAUGGAUGAGGAUCCAAAAACUCUCAAGGUGUUUUCUAUUCCACUUGGUGGCAGUAGUCCCCACUAUGAUCGUCUGAGUUUAUCUCCUGAUGGAAAAAUCUUGGCGGCAACCCAUGGUUCAACAUUGCAGUGGUUAUGCGUUGAAACUGGAAAGGUUUUGGACACGGCUGACAAAGCCCACGAAGAUUUUAUCACAUCCAUCACAUGGAGACCACAGGCUAUUCCAAUGGGUGAUAAGAAAGUACUAAUAUUGGCAACAGCGAGUGUAGAUAAAAAGGUCAAACUUUGGGUUGCUCCAUCCCUCAAUGCUUCAUAGAGGAACCUCGUAGGUGGAUAUUCAGCUUAUGCAGGGCACAGAGAUAUCAAUGUGCACUACUUAUGCGGGGCACAGAGAUAUCAAUGUACACUAGAGAUGCUUCACAAGGUCUAUAGGCCCAGGCCAUAUAGUUCUAGCAACUUCAUGAAGGCGUUUACACCCACAGUUGAUGAGGGUAGACCUGAAACUGGAACUUGAUAGAUUUCCCAAGAUACUUGAGCACUUAGGGUUUCUACAGAUUUCAGGUGGUUUUGGUAAACAUAUAUGUUGCACAGGGAAUUGUACCCAAACUGUUUGGUUCAGUUGUCAUGUUUUUGUAUCAACUGCACUUUCAUUAGGCUCUGGUUGCUUUACUUUUUCCAGCUCUCCUGUAACUUGAGAGAUCUAAUGCUGACGCCAUCUGAACAAAAAACUACAUGUUACAUACAUAUGUAUGCUUCUGUUUAUCA